AAAUUAUUAUUGCAGACUUUGAAUAAGUGCAAGGUGGGGAUACAUGAGAUGCUUCCUGCAAUUUUACAUAAAUGGCCAAGCUCUCCACUUAGGUCCCUCCCAGAAGAUGCUCCUCACAAAACACCAUUUGUUGCAUAAAUGUAGGAGCUAAUACUCAUCCAUGUAUUCUCAAUUACCGUAAGUAAUCUGCCUCUUCUAUAAUCUACUGUUUUGUUGUCAUCCAUCUCUACCCACAAUAUCUUAAUGAACACAUUUUAUGGACACAACAAUGUCUUUGCUUUUUCUCUAGACUAGAUGGUUUUUGGAAAAAUUUUCUGAAACCAAUAUGAGGCUAUCCUGAAAUCACAGAAUUGCACCAUUUCUUCUUUUGCUUUGAGUUCUGGAAUCCUUUAAGUGACAAUGUUGCCUAGUAUCUGCAUUUCAGCUCUGAGUUUGGUUGUACAUCAAGGUUUUUCCUGCAAUUUAAGAGAUGGUAAGGCUAGGAUGUAGAGGGUUGCAUUGCGUACAAACUGCCAAGGCACAGUUUUGGUCUUAACCACCUUGACAACAGAAAGCUGCAAUUAUUAUAUGAUUAAGCCAUGAAUUUAAUAAAUGGAAGUAUCAAGUGUAGUAUCUGUUCUUAUCAGUUUAAUAUCUGAUACGUGAGCCAUUGGUUCACAUGAUAUUAAAUUAAUUUUUUAGAGGGGAAGGUCCACUCCAGUAGCUUGCUACUGGGACCUUCAAGCGUCGCCUAGGCGUUGCACUACAGCCAAGGCCUGGCGCACCCUACCAAUACAAGUUUAAGUUUUCGUGCUGAUGUAUGAUGACACUCUGUAGCAUAACAGGCUGUGACCCUGCAGAACUGGAAUCUGGUCCAUGGCGAAGCAUUGGAGAGACUGGCAGCAAAUGAGUGGUGUUAGUGCGGCAGAGAGGGCAGUUUGAAUGUGAAAAGAGCCACAUAUCAACGCACGGCGCAUGAUAUGGAUGCACUCCGCUAGGGUACGCAUCUCCUCACCUUUUCCAUACUCAGCCAAACACACUAUACAGACGUUUGCUGCUAGGCUGUUCUUGAGGUCCAAUAGAAAUCUGUGGAGCGGUUGGCUCUGCACUUUGGCUUUCACAACCAUCGUUGCACUAGACCAUGACGAGGCAUCUAACUUAGCUCCUCCCUGGUACAUCUUGGCUAUAAUGGGAUUGCAAAUGCUAGCUCUCCAACUCCUUCAUUUUGUCCUCAAGUUCAUCUGCCUCAACUAAUUGGCUGCCAUCCAACCAAUGAAUAGCCUGAUCAAUGUAUAGCAUAUUCAAUCUUCUUCUUAUCAGCUAGAUCAAGUUAGGAGCUGAUCUUGUCAUCUCUCACUGUGCUCCUCGUGUUGUAUGCAUAAUUCUCCAUAGCAUUCUUGGCUUUAACCUUCUUCUUGUGUUCCUUGUCAAGGCCUUGUAUUUCUCCGCCACUUGUACCAUCUU